CACCACCACCAUGAGCCAACUAAUCUCUCUAUUAGGACUGGUAGUACUCAUUCAAAUAUGCAUAGCCGAAAAUCCCCGUUAUGACCCUAGAUACAAGCGGGAAGCAACUCCAGAGAGAUACGCAGAAAAUCCCCGUUAUGACCCUAGAUACAAGCGGGAAGCAACUCCAGAGAGAUACGCAGAAAAUCCACGAUAUGACCCAAGAUACAAGCGGGAAGCAACUCCAGAGAGAUACGCAGAAAACCCACGAUAUGACCCAAGAUACAAGCGGGAGACUACCCCCGAGAGAUAUGCCGCAGAAACCCCCUCAAAGAGAUACAAGAGAAGUGCCAUUCGAAGAGGGCGGUAUGGAGCGGGACGUCGUGGCUUGAGGGUGAAUGACAAUGGUCGUAUCAUCAGACGAGGAGGCAAAAAUGGCGGUCGCCGGGAGCAGGAGCUGAACUACAAUUUUUACCAAUAUGAGCCAUCCUACUAUUUUGACUCUCCGUCGGUAUACAACUAUGGACCCAGCGAAUUGGACUGUUCAUGUAAAAACACGGACUGUGGAUAUGACGAAUUUGAAAGCGGCGACUGCCCCAACGAUGAGAAGCGCUGUUGCAAAUAUGACUGAAGUUUGUUAUAUUUGAAAAAAAUCUCGAACUUUUAAUUUUUUUCAAAUUUAGAAAAUAUAUGUGUUGUAUUAUUUCAAACUCCUAUAUUUGUAAUCAGGUUAUUUCAAUUGUUCUCAA